AUGGCCACCGAAAAGUCCGUUGGGGUUGAGCACUCCAACCUCGAAACCGUCCACCCUCCCGAUGCCAACGCCACGGCCAAGUCUGCCGUGAUCAACGACAACAUCUAUGAACACCAGCAGACUGUCCUGCAGGUCAUCCGCAGUCAUCCAGCCCUAAUCUGGUGGGCCUUUUUCUUCAGCGUCAGCGCGAUCGGAUGGGGAUAUGACGCCCAGGUCAACGGCGCCGUGCUCGGAAUCCCUUCGUUCCGACGGGACUUUGGCGAAGAGUACGAGGAAGGCUUUGUCGUUCCUGCGCCCUGGCUCAGCGCCUUCAACUCGAUUUCGUCCGUCGGCAUGUUCUUUGGCGGUUUUCUUUGCAGUAUCUUCGCCGACCGGUUUGGUAGGAGAUUGGCCCUGGCGGUUGGUGUCGUCAUCUCGUGUGCAGGCAUCUUUGGAGAGCUCUUCUCGACUGCCCGCGUUGCCUUUCUCAUCAGCAAGUUGAUUCUGGGUGUCGGGUUGGGCUUCUACCUGACUAUUGGGCCCUUGUACUCUUCCGAGGUCUCUCCAGUGGUUCUGCGCGGUAUCACAACAGCCGGUGUCAAUCUUGGAAUCGUGAUCGGGCAGCUGCUCUCCAACGCCGCCAUCAAAGGGUUCGGUGAUCGAGGCGACCGCUGGGCCUACCGAGGCCCCUUUGCCCUACAAUUCUUCUUCGUCGCCUUCCUGGCGGUUGGCCUCCCCUUCUCCGUCGAAUCCCCCUGGUACCUCGUCCGCACCGACCGAAUCGACGCCGCGCGCGACGCCCUCCAGCGCCUCUACGGCCCCAACACAGACAUCGAGACAAAGCUCACCGCGAUCCAAAUGACCAUCGCCCAAGAUCUCGCACUCAAGGAAUCCAAAUGGUCCGACGCCAUCCGCGGUCCCAACCGCCUCCGCACCGCCAUCUCCUGCGGUGUCUUUGUCUGCCAGCACCUGGUCGGCAUCAUCUUCGUCCUGGGUUUCUCGACAUAUUUCUUCCAGCUCGCGGGCUUACCAACUGAACGCUCCUUUGACCUCGGCGUGGGCGUGACGGCCUGCGGUGUCGUGGGGACAAUCAUCUCCUGGACGAUCGUCAACCGCCUAGGCCGCAGACUCAUCUUCAACUCUGGCAUGGCCAUCCUCAGCACGAUCAACCUCCUCAUCGGCAUCCUCGACGUCGUCCCCACCAGCGGCGCAAGCUGGACGCAGGCUGCACUCACCGUCGUCUGGGCGUUCUUCUACCAGGUCAGCAUCGGUGCCGUCGCAUUCGUCCUCCUCGGCGAGACCUCGUCGCCCUCUCUGCGUGCCAAGACGACGGCCAUGGCGACAGCGACGCAGUCUGUCUUUGGAAUCGUCAUGAACAUCGUCGUGCCCUACAUGGUGAACCCCGACGAGGGCGAUAUGAAGGGCAAGGUUGGAUUUGUGUUUGGUGGGCUUGGUGUGGUCGCGACGUUCCUUUGUUACUUGUAUAUUCCCGAUCUGAAGGACCGGACUUUUGAGGAGAUUGAUGUCAUGUUUGCGAAUCGCGUGCCGCCAAGGAAGAUGGGUAGUUAUGUGAUGGAAGAUUAG